AUGGAUGAUGCGCAAACGGCUUCAGGAGUUUUGAAGCUGAUUCGCGAUAAAGGGACAUUAGCGGAAAUUCGACAUUAUCUAGCUCAAAGCCCUGCUACCGACAAUUACGAUAACAUUUCCAGACAAAACCAACAGAACCGAAGUAAAUUUAUGGACAUAAAUCGUCUAUCUGAUAUCCCUAUUUUCGAGGUUCCUGCGAAGCCAUGGACGUCUACCACAGCUGACGACGACUUCGCUUCUCACCUGAUUUCUCUUUAUUUUACAUGGCAGCACUCUAUUUCGUAUUACCUAGAUCGUGACCUGUUUCUACGAGAUAUGUGCUCCAAGGACUUAAGCUCUCACUUCUGCUCACCGUUGCUUGUUAAUAGCAUUUUAGCUGUGGCCUGCUUCUACUCGGACUACGAUGAAGCUUUUGUUGUACCAAAUGUAAUCAGUUCCCGCGGUGAACAUUUCUUUGAAGAGGCAAUUUCUCUGCUUCGCAAAGAAAACGGAGAAUUGUCUCUUCCCUCCCUACAAGCGAGAGGGAAUCUUUAUACUUGGGCUUGUGGGAUGGGUAGGGAAAAAUUGGCCCUGCAACAAUUGACCGAAAUGGCAGCCUGUAUCAGUCAAGUGACUGAAAGUCGAGAGACGCUCAUAGAAGAAGCGAAUCAUGAGGGCCAGGAGAUGGCAAGAGUCAUUGAUAUUGCAAUAUGCGGCCUCUUCAGUUUGAAUUCACAUGCCACGCUGAGGUUAGAAAAACCAUCAAUGAUAAAAGGCCUCUUGUAUGAGAAUUUCCCGCAAAUUCAAUUCUCGACAGGCCCAUGGAUCCCUUAUCCUAGACAAGCUGACCCAGUUCCAGUCCACUCUUAUCAUGUGACGAGAGCUAUGUUCGAUCUGGCCGUUAUCUUGCGAGAUUGUUCUAAUUACCUGUUUCGGGAGGCGAAGCCUACUUGCUCUGACCUUACGAAGAUCGACUCAUUAUACGCACGCCUACAACAGUGGGCCGAAGAUAAUUCAGAAUCCAUCGAUAAUGCAGAAGUUCCCGCUUUCAUAGAGAUGGGGUGGGUCGAAGCAAGCACCCCAGACAGUGAAAGAGAUAUUCAGAAGCGGUUCAAAAGCCUAUUGGUUUUCGCAGGCUGGGGUAUACGUACAAUCCUGAACCAAUACCGCUCUUUGUGGUCUGUGAAGUUUAUGUCGGUGGAAUCUACACAUUAUGCGGUUGUCGCUCUAUUUGCACUUUUGGAAAACCUGCAAGAUGAGAAUAAUAUCAAGGCCUUUGAGGAUGUUUUGGUCAGUCUUCGCACUUUUGCGCACCGCUGGCCAUUUGCGAAGGAGGCAUAUCAAUUAAUGCAGCUGGUAGCUGCCCAAAAGGCCAAGCUUCCUCCUUCAACGCGCAUCCUUCUCUCGGAGAAUGACAUCAAGCAUGCAGAGCACGCCCAGCAACUCUCAAAUUUCUAA